GGCAGGCACCUAGGACUGUAUAUCUGCCUUGAGAGGCCCCUGAGCUUUCCUGACUGACUAUGAACUCAUUUACUGCCUACGAAGGACCACAAUGUCACCCACCACCGGAGACCUCCCAUGACUUGGACAAAUGGAUCUGGUCUGUGGCCUCUAAGGAAACAGUUGAUACCGGUUUAAGUUCUGUUUGUCACUAGCACGGACUCGAACUUCACUGCUUUGACCAGUGGCUUGAAUUAGUGAGGAGAUGACAUACAGAGUUUAUGUUGGAAUUGUAACAGCCCUGGCCUUAUGCAAAUACUCUCUGGCAGAAUGGAAUGCCACCGAGGACUCUGCCAAUCGAACUGUGUCCUCCUGUCAUCACCACGGCAACCAAAACAAUUGCACAGCAGACUCUGAAGACUUUAAGGAGACAGGGGAGUGGAAUGGCCAUUUCACAAAAUGUCCCAAGGACCUGAAACACUACUGCAUCCACGGGGCGUGUCGCUAUAUUAAGGAACAGAAGAUACCCUCAUGCAGGUGUGACCGAGGUUUCAUUGGUUCCAGAUGUGAAUAUGUUGACCUGGGGUGGCAGAUUGGAGAGCAGCGACAAAUCAUCAUCGUUUGUGUCAUCACAGGGCUUGUUUUCCUCAUCCUCCUCAUUGUCUUCAUCUGCAUCUGUUCACAUCGAAGGUACAGACUCUGUCGGCGGAGAGGCAGGCGGAGGGAGGAACCGAGGAACGGGACGGAAAAGCUCAACAUGAUCGACACCAGUGGAGCCCACCGAGCCUUGACACCAGAUUCAACAGAGACGCCACACACGAAUGCAUGACAUGAGGUACUAUACGGGGUCCCUCUCUGCCGGACAGGACUCGAGACCAGCUGAAGAGGAGAGAACAUCCUCUGGGGGCAUCACUCGGGGACUCAAAGCUCGAAGCUGGGCGUAUCAGAGCUGAAACCAAUCACAAGAGGAGUGGGGGCAGUCACCUCAAUGACGAUAAGGAUCCCGCUCCAAAACCUCAAAACCAAAGUUUCCAAGACAAGGAAGGAGUCUCUCCUGGAUUAAUGACUAACACAAUGGCCUCACUGGUGGGAAUUCAAUGGACAAAGCUUUUUAUUUCACUAUUGAGGUGUAACACGCCCCAGCAGGCCUGACGCCUUUCAUCCAGCUGGCUGCACAGCACGAAUAAAUGUCUCUGUGACCUGAAAUGCUGCAAUUACUGACUGGAUUGUGAUGCC